UACAGACAGACAGACAUACAGACAUAAGCCACUGAUGCCUUAAAAGAAGAUAUAUAUAUUGUAGACACAAACACUACUACUACUACUACUACUACUACUACUACUACUACUACUACUACUACUACUUCAAGAUGGGUCGAAAGAAGAUACAGAUUUCAAGAAUUACAGACGAGAGAAAUAGACAGGUGACAUUCACGAAGAGGAAGUUUGGUCUAAUGAAGAAGGCGUACGAGCUAUCAGUGCUGUGUGACUGCGAGAUUGCCCUUAUCAUCUUCAAUUCCUCCAACAAGUUGUUCCAAUACGCCUCCACCGACAUGGAUAAGGUUCUGCUCAAGUACACAGAAUAUAAUGAACCUCACGAGUCACGGACCAAUAAUGAUAUAGUUGAGGCUCUGAACAAGAAGGAACACAAGAAUGGGCUUCAGUCUCCUGAUUCGCCAGACGCUGAGCCGGAAUACAAUCUCACUCCGAGGACUGAGGCAAAGUACAACAAGAUAGACGAGGAAUUCACUCUAAUGAUGCAGAGGAACCAGAUCAACGGAACAAGGCAACCAGUCGGUCUCAACAACUACAACACAAUGGCCGUUAGCGUGCCAGUCAACGCCGCCAGCUACGACCCAGCACUGAUGCAGCCUUCCCCUCAAAUGUCCCACGCCUCCCUGUCUCCCCGGCCUGGCUCCUCCUCCGGUAUGCUUGACAUGAAUGGCUCAAAUGGGUAUCCUGCAUCUACAUCUCCUCUUCCUCAUGGCGGUGGGGGUGGGGGGGCCUCAUCUCCUGGUCUCCUGCCACGCCCUCAUGCUUCUAAGACACAUUCACCUACGCGUCACAAUCUCCGUGUUUUGAUUCCAAAUUCCCAAGCGCAGACGAACCCCAGGCCAGGCUCCCCAUCUCUAAACACCCCAGUCGUCUCUCUUCAAAACUCGUCAGUGAACCAGGUGAUGUCAACCUACUCCUCCCUCAACACCUACCCACACCAAGACUUUCCUCUCAACUCGGACAUAUCCAUCAACCCACUCAAUCCUCUGCACCAGUGGACAGCCUCGGGGGGCCUCAGCAUGCCUCACCCCAGCCUCCCCACCUCAGCGUCUCCUCCUCCACCCCUCCCUCCUACCCCGAUCAAAGUCAAGACAGAGCCUCUUAGCCCCUCCAGAGACCCUUCCUCCCUCCCCUGCUCCCCACACCUCCAGCGUCCCUCCUCAGACCCAGGCCAUCUCUCCCCGCCCCUGUCCCACCUCGGCCCCUCCACCCCCCACCCAGCAGCAGCAGCAGCAGCAGCGGCAGCAGCAGCAGCAGCACACGGCCUCUAUUCUAGCGCCAUGCCAGGCCACCUCACCCCCACCUCCCACGCCUCACCAGAAGCGCCACCCCACCACACGCAAGAAUUUGACUCCCCUCACUCAAAACGACCUAGAAUUUCAGACACAUGGUCCAAUUCGUGAGGAGGAGGAGGAGGAGGAGGAGGAGGAGGUAGGGAGGGGAGCUUGUAGUGCCUGGGGAGGGGGGGUCUUUUGGGGGCUUUCGGGGGGUUCAAGGGGUGACCGUCCUAUAAAUAGUUGAUUUGUUACUACUACUACUACUACUACUACUACUACUAUUGCUAUUUGUAAUUUAUAGGUCAUUGUAAUUAUUAUUAUUAUUAUUAUUGUUGUUUUCUUCUAUUAUAUGACUAUUACUACUACUACUACUACUACUACUUCCACCACCACCACCACCACCACUACUACUACUACUACUACUAUAUUUCUGCUACUACUCAGUAAACCCUCGAUAUAACGGACCUCGAUAUACCGGAUAUAGGAUAUAAGGACAAAAAAUUGACCGCACAAACCCUCGCUAUAACGGAUUUUUCAUUCGUUAUAGCGAGGGCGUCGUCCCUUAACAUGUUGUCGCAGGAACCCUGAAGGAGGGGACGACGGCGGGUACAAGUAGUACCGGACAAACUUCGGAUAUAACGGACUCUUCGGAUAUAUCGGACUUCGGUUAUAACGGACUCUUCGGAUAUAACGGACUCUUCGGUUAUAACGGACUUCGGAUAUAACGACAGACCCUUUGUCCGCAUAUCGUCCGUUAUAUCGAGGGUUUACUACUACUACUGCUAUUCUACUUCCACCAACACCACCACUACUACUACUACUACUACUACUACUACUACUACUACUACUAUCACCCCUGCCCCCCCCAAUAAGUGUGUGUGCGUGCGUGCGUGCGUUUAUUUGUUCCCAGUGGACCACAAAAGGCUGGUUGCUGUGUGUUAUGUACAAAUAUCAAUGUUUUAUUUCCAUGUCUCUCUCUCUCUCUCUCUCUCUCUCUCUCUCUCUCUCUCUCUCUCUCUCUCUCUCUCUCUCUCUCUCUCUCUCUCUCUCAAAUA